GCCGAAUGUACACUGGCCCGUUUAUAAAUACAUGUAUCUAGGACUGCCGAAUGUACACUGGCCCGUUUAUAAAUACAUGUAUCUAGGCCAAGCCAACGAGUUUCCGCUUCAAUAUCGAUUUAUUUUCAUUAUUAAACCUGUGUAUGGACUGGCAAACCGAGGAAAUAUUACAGAAGAGCGAAGAUGGAACGGUGGAUAGACUUAGCGUUUUUGUUUUAUUUUGGGACUCAUAUUCCAAUUGCAUUGUUUUUUGAUUCGCAGGCAGUGUUUCCGAAAUGGCUUUAUCCAACACCUUUUGUCCAGGCUGUAGACUGGUACACCAAGACGUUUGGAGACACGAUGAUGGCUGAAAGGCCCGCGUGGUUCCAGUCUUUCUGCGCAUGCGAGAUGCUACUGCAGUUUCCGUUCUUCUUUUUGGCGGUUUACGCAUAUUGGAAAGGUAUAUCGAAACACAGAUGGAUACGGAUACCGAUAAUAAUCUAUUCCUCCCACGUGGUGACGUCGCUCGUAUCCAUCUUCUUCCAUAUUUUUCUGCACGACUUUUCUCAAGGCGCCUUUAGAGGCCCGUCUACUCUGCAGGAGAGAACUGUUUUGGCGUGUUUUUAUUUUCCGUAUUUUAUUUUCCCACUAAUGCUGUUGUUUGAUGCAUGUUUUAGCUCGGUCUACAUAAAUGGUAAUUCGUCAAAGAAACGGUUGUAGCAGCAAGAGACAUAGUUGGAUCGGACUUGGCUUUUUACCAAAACGGAAUAGUAGAGAAAAACGUGGUUCUAUGAACAAAAUAGAUACAUGGGCGAUAACCUUUUUUUGUAUAAUUAUGCAUAUCUUUGAAACAAAUCAUCAGUAGAAUAACCUUAAUGGAUGAGUAAAAGUAACAACUGUAUAUCUGAUGAACAUUUCAGCGAUUUAUAACGUACUUCGUUAAAUGAUUGAACUUUAAAACGAGUUGUUAGUGGUUCCAUUAUCUGACUGUUUAAGUCUGGUUGAAGUUUCAAACCCAUGAAGCCGGCCUGCAAAUAAACAAACCUGAAGAAAUAUGGCUGUGAGUGGUUAUUGUAGUCAUACCAGUACAUGUAGAUUGUCACUGCAAUAGUAUGACCAUGUCGAUGGUAUGCCCAUGAUUUGUGAAUGUCAUUAUCCUUUUCUGAUUUAAUAAAGAACACAAACAAA